AUGGGGAAGAAACAGCAGUAUAUCCCACCCCUAAUCGGGUGGCUAUACGAUCUGGUCCUGUGGACGUUCUCCGUUCUCAUCGACCUCUUCUUCCGCGAGGUGCACCCGCGUGGAUCUUGGAAGAUCCCUCGUCGAGGUCCUAUUAUCAUUGUCGCUGCCCCUCAUGCGAACCAGUUUGUCGAUUCCCUCGUCCUCAUGCGCGUCAUUCGCAGCGAAGCCCAUCGUCGGAUCUCAUGGCUCAUUGCGGAAAAGUCAUUCCGGCGCAAGUUUAUCGGUCUGCUGGCUAGGGGUAUUGGAACAUUGCCCGUGGCGCGCGCUAUGGAUAACUUGAAGCCGGGAACUGGCACCGUGUAUCUUCCGGAUCCCGUCAACGAACCCACCCUCCUGCGUGGCGUGGGUACCAACUUUGAAGGUGCUGGAUUUGAGGCGGAGGGCACAAUUGCACUACCCACGGUCAAUGGAACGUCGCACAGUACGGCUAUUGCGGAAAUUCGAGGCCCUGAGGAGCUGGUCCUCAAGAAGCCUUUCAAGCACAGAGAUGCCCUGUUCCAACUGACGGGCAGGAAGGAUAUUGAUGAUGAUGGCAAGUUUACUGGUGAUGCUGCGGACAAGAACCCGGAGUUCAAGGGUACAAAGUUCAAGGUUGCGCCGCAUGUGGAUCAGACGGCAGUCUACGAGGCUGUGUUUGCGAGAUUGAAUGCUGGUGGUUGUGUGGGUAUCUUCCCCGAGGGUGGUAGUCAUGACCGCCCAUCUCUGCUUCCUCUCAAAGCUGGUGUGGCUCUGAUGGCCUUGGGUACUCUUGCGGACAACCCGGACUGUGGCUUGAAGAUUGUACCCUGUGGCAUGAACUAUUUCCAUGCUCACAAGUUCCGAUCUCGUGCUGUUAUUGAAUUUGGUAACCCCAUUGAAGUCCCGAAGGAGUUGGUAGAGCAAUUCAAGCAGGGAGAACGGCGUGAGUCUGUUGGUGCCCUGCUGGAUAUUAUCUACCAAAGUCUCGUUGCGGUCACUGUGACUAGCCCUGAUUAUGAGACUCUCAUGGUCAUCCAAGCUGCUCGCCGCCUGUACAACACCAAAGGAAAGAAGCUUCCCCUGCCGAUGGUCGUGGAGCUCAACCGCCGUCUCGUGAAAGGAUAUGCACACUUUAAGGAUGACCCGCGCAUUGUGCAUCUUCGGAACUCGAUUGCAAGCUAUAACAACCAGCUUCGUAUCCUCGGUAUCCGGGAUCACCAAGUGGCCUACGCGAAAUUCUCGAUCCUGCAAGUUAUUGCUACGCUGAUCUACCGCCUGGGCAAACUGGCUCUCCUCACCAUUGGAACUCUUCCUGGUCUACUCCUCUUCACUCCAGUCUUCAUUGCAACCAAAUAUCUGUCCAUGAAGAAAUCAAAGGAAGCGUUGGCAGCGUCGACCGUCAAGUUGCAGGGUCGUGAUGUGAUGGCUACUUGGAAGUUGCUCAUUGCCCUUGCAUUUGCUCCGGCUGUCUACGCAACUUACACCGCUACAUUUACCUACUGGACGUAUCGGAACCGCAUCCAGGGCCUCGUGCCGGAAUGGGUGCCACUUUGGUUGAUCGUGAUAAUUGGCAUGGUGGGCUUCCCGACCAUCAGCUUUGCCGCCCUCCGUAUCGGCGAAGUAGGAAUGGACAUUGUCAAAUCCCUUCGACCACUAGUACUGUCCCUGAAUCCGUCGUCGGCCAACUCGCUGGUCGGAUUGCGUGAAAAGCGCGCGAUGCUUGCCCAGCAGGUCACUGAGGCGAUCAACACCAUGGGCCCCGAGCUCUUCCCCGACUUCGACGCCGCCCGGAUUGUCACCGGUCCCUUCCGCGAGGUCAGCGAAGAAUCUGCCGCUGUGCGUGAAACACAUGAGCUCAAACACGCGCGCGAGCCCGAGACGGGCGAGGGCUGGACUUCAUCAGAGCCUCUGCCACGCAACGAGUCGUUCCACAACUUGGCCAACAUUGGCUUCUUCUCUACCCGACCUCCUAGCCGGAACCGUAGCCGCAGCAGCUCGGCUGGGCCACGGCCAGGCUCGCGGCACGGGAUGAAGCCGCUGAGCCCUAUGACCGUCCAGAAGGAUACGCUGGAGGACGUUAGUUCGCGGAUCCGGGAUGCGAUGAGAGAGCGGGGCGAGCGACGUCGACGACGAAGUGAGGAUGGUAGCUGGGACAUGGCCAGCUCAGGGACAAGGACACCGUCUAGUGGAGACGAGUUGAGGAAGGAUCUUUGA